CACAAUUGGCUGAACUCCGUUAUCAAUUUCGGCUUACCAAGGUUAGUCAUGGGGCAGACAUGUGCUGCCCCAAGGGCACAAUUCUAUUUUAAUCUUCCGGAAGUUCAGAAAGCUUUCCACGGGAACCGAACCAGCUUGUCAUAUUCAUGGAAGGGUUGUUACUCGGAUAAAUUUAAGUUCAACGAGAAUGAUAAGAACCGUGACAUGCUUCCCGCCUUAAAAAGGCUUCUCCAACAAUCGGUUCACAUUACAAUAUUCAGCGGAGAUGUAGACGCUCUGGUGCCUGCAGUGGGAACCUUACAACAUUUGUACAAAUUGGCCGAGGACUUAAACAUCAAAUCUACAAAAGAAGAAACCUGGAGUUAUGAAAACAAGGAUGGAGGGAGGAAGUAUUCAUUUGGAGACUUAUUGACGUUCUUCAUAGUGAAAGGAGGUGAUCAUCAUGUUACAUUUUCUCAACCAUCCCAAGCUCUUUAUAUCUUCACUAAUUUUACGAUCAAUCGGAUUCACAACGACAAGCAGUGAAACCCGAAGAGCACUGGGGACCAAUCCUUCCUGUCUACUGUAAUAUGUAUAUGAGCAAGAGAUAACAAAAGAUACAUGAAACUUUGUAAACUAUUAAUAUUUUGCGAUGCAAUAAAUCCUUCUAUUUUUAUU